GAGAGGGGGGGAGAGAGAGAGAGAGAGAGAAGCGCUCCCUCCUAUCGCACAUUGGUUGGGCUACUUUUCUGACGACAAGUCAACCUGUGGAUGGCGCAUGCAGCGUUAACAUUUAAGUCGCGGGCUUACAGUCACAGCCACUGCACCCCUGCUCUUGUCUGCUACAAGUAGACUGUGACAUCUAGGACGCAUGAGCUGUGAGGAGUUCAGGUGCAUUUUUGCGAAACACGAAGGACCGCAAAGUCUGGGGGCGCGCGCGGAACACGUUUUAUGAAUGGCCGGAACAUGGAGGAAAUUCCGUUUGAAAGAGUUAAGACUCGGCGGAAGAGAGGUCACUGUCUCGACGGUGGACCCCUGGGUGCCUUGGCAUGCGAGGAUGAGUUCGACACCAGGGAACUCGAAGCUCUAUUCCAAAACUACAACCUGAAACUCGAGCAGACAGCCACGCUCAAAGCCCUCGCGGUGCUCAUCGUGGCCGCGUCGUCGCUCGCGCUUGUGGAGCUGCUCUCCGGUCCGCGUCUCACCGUGUCCAAGGGCUCGCACCCGGUCCACUGCGUGGUGUUCCUGUCCUUAUUCAUCGUCACCAAUGUCAAAUACCUACAAGUGACGCAGCUCCAGCAGAUAGCCAAGCUCGCGCUGCUUUUCAGCUUCACCUUUGCGCUCCUCUGUUGUCCGUUCCCUCUCGCGCUCGGCGCCACCGGCGUGGAGAGUCCCGCCGCCCCCGAGCAAGGUGUCUGGCAGCUCAUGCUGGUCACCCUGGUGGCAUACGUGCUGCUGCCGGUGCGGACCCUUCUCGCCGUGCUUUUCGGAGUGAUGGUCGCCACAUCACACUUUAUCGUGACAGCGACAUCAGUCACUGGCAGGAAACACAAGCUCUGGAGACCGCUGGUGGCGAACGCAGUGCUGUUCACCAGCGUCAACCUGUCCGGGGUGUUUGUGAGGGUUCUCACCGAGCGCGCCCAGAGGAAGGUCUUCCUACAGGCCCGCAACGGCAUCGAGGAGCGGCUCAGACUGGAGGACGAGAACGAGAAACAGUGUGUGUGUGUGGGUGAGGGUGUUCUGGUGUGUGUGUGUGUGUGUGUGUGUGUGUGUGUGUGGUACUUUAGGGGAGGUUUUCUCCACUCUCGGGGUUAUGACCCAGUGCUGGCUCUCCUGUUGUUCUCUGGUGCUCUGGCUCUGCACUCCAGACAACUGGACCUCAAACUGCGCCUAGACUACCUCUGGGCUACGCAGGCUGAGGAGGAGAGAGAUGACAUGGAGAAAGUCAAACUGGACAACAAGAGGAUUCUGUUCAACCUCCUGCCUGCCCAUGUGGCCCAGCACUUCCUCAUGUCCAACCCGAGGAACAUGGACCUGUACUACCAGUCCUAUGCUCAGGUAGGGGUGCUGUUUGCCUCCAUCGCCAAUUUCAACGACUUCUACAUCGAGCUGGACGGCAACAACAUGGGCGUGGAGUGCCUGAGGCUUCUCAACGAGAUCAUCGCCGACUUUGACGAGCUGAUGGACAAGGAAUGCUACAAGGACAUCGAGAAGAUUAAAACCAUCGGCAGCACCUACAUGGCCGCCGUGGGCCUGGUUCCUACCGCGGGGUCCAAGGCGAAGAAGUCCAUCUCCUCGCAUUUGUGCACCGUGGCCGACUUCGCCAUUGAGAUGUUCGACGUCCUGGACGCGAUCAACUACCAGUCGUACAACGACUUUGUCCUCAGAGUGGGUAUCAAUGUUGGACCAGUGGUAGCAGGAGUCAUUGGAGCCAGAAGGCCUCAAUACGACAUCUGGGGCAACACUGUGAAUGUGGCCAGCCGAAUGGACACCACUGGAGUACAGGGCAAAAUACAGGUCACCGAGGAUGUGCACCGCAUUGUCAGCGCCCACUACGACUUUGUGUGCCGGGGCAAGGUCAGCGUCAAGGGCAAAGGGCAGAUGCUCACUUACUUCCUGGAGGGGCGGAGCCACGGCAAGGUGCCUCCUCUAGGCCAGCCUCGGAACCUGGAGCGCCGGUCGAGCCCGUUGGCCCGGGCCAGCGUGUGCACCCGACUGAGCCCGGCUUCGGCCGUGACCGCCUACGGCGCUGCCCGCACGCCCGGCCCCGUGGCGUCCUCGGCGCCCGCCGGCAGCGCCAUGCUCUGCCUGCCCUCGGCCUCCGUCCCCUCCGCCAUGGAGGCGUGAGCCGUCUCCACGGUGACCGCGGAAA